CCAAAAACCCCAUUGAUACCAAAUGCCGAAGCCGCCGACUUGAACCUGGACCAACUUUCUCAAUAUAUAAACAAGUAGACCAUUAGAAAACAACAACUAUAAUUAAGUUUAUAAGAUUCAAAAACUUGGAUACCCUCAUUUUCUCCGCUCCGGCGCUCCCCCUACUUUGAGUAAAUAUGGCAACUUUGAGCCUUACCUCCCCUUACAUUGUUAAAUCUGCAAUUUCCAAUCGAUCUACAAGAGCUAUCGUCAAAGCCCCAACAUCUCUUGGAUCUGUUAAGAGCAUCUCUAAAUCUUUUGGCUUGAAGAGUUCCUCCAAUUACAGAACCUCAAUGGCAACCUCCUACAAAAUUAAGCUUGUAGGACCAAAUGGUGAGGUGAACGAGUUUGAAGCCACCCAUGACCAGUACAUUUUGGAUGCAGCUGAGGAAAAAGGAGUUGAAUUGCCAUAUUCUUGCAGGGCUGGAGCUUGCUGCACAUGUGUCGGGAAAAUAGUUUCAGGUUCUGUGGAUCAAUCCGAUGGCUCUUUCCUCGAUGAAAAACAAAUGGAGGAUGGUUAUGUGCUGACCUGUGUUUCGUACCCAACCUCAGACUGUGAGAUUCACACCCACAAGGAAAGCGAGCUCUACUAAGUAUUUGUGGUCUGAAAUGAGUACCAGUUUUCUGUGAACUCUUAUAUUAAUUUGUCGGCAAUAAGGGUAAAUGACGAUGCCCUUUAUAAAGUGUUUUUUGCUGAAAUGUCA